AUGUUCGAGCACAAGGGUGUCCAUCAGUGCACGUGGCACCAGGACACCCUAGGCCGGAGGUCGAUGAUCGACUUUGUUGUCGUAUCAUCUGACCUUCGACCGCGUGUCUCGGACACUCGGGUGAAGAGAGGGGCGGAGCUGUCAACCGAUCAUCACCUGGUCGUGAGUUGGAUCCGCUGGCAGGGCAGGAGGCCGGUCCCGGCAGAGGAGGGGGACAUCGAGUCCGAGUGGACCAUGUUCUCUUCCUCUAUCGCCAAUGCGGCGGCUCGUAGCUGUGGUCGCAAGGUCUCUGGUGCUGGUCCCGGCGGCAAUCCCCGAACCCGGUGGUGGACACCGGCAGUAAGGGAUGCCGUCAGGCUGAAGAAGGAGUCCUAUCGAGCAAUGAUGGUUCGUGGGACUCCUGAGGCAGCUGUCCAGUACCGGCAGGCCAAACGUGCCGCGGCCCGGGCUGUUGCAGAGGCAAAAACCCGGGACUGGGAGGAGUUCGGAGAGUCCAUGGAGCAUGACUAUCGGUCGGCCUCGAAGAGGUUCUGGCAAACCGUCCGGCGCCUCAGGAGGGGGAAGCAGUUCUUUGCCAACACCGUGUAUGGUGCGGGUGGAGGGCUGCUGACCUCGACUGGGGAUAUUGUCGGGCGGUGGAAGGAAUACUUCGAGGUUCUCCUCAAUCCCCCCGUCACGUCCUCCGUCCAGGAGGCAGAGACUGAGGAUGUUGGGGCGGAUACUUCCAUCUCCCUGGCCGAGGUCACCAGGGUGGUUGGCAGCCUCCAUGGUGGCAAGGCGCCGGGAGUGGACGAGAUCCGUUCUGACUAUCUAAAGUCUCUGGAUGUUGUAGGACUGUCUUGGCUGACACGUCUCUGCAGCAUCGCGUGGCAAUCAGGGGCGGUGCCAAUGGAGUGGCAGACCGGGGUGGUGGUCCCUCUCUACAAGAAGGGGGACCGGAGGGUGUGUUCCAAUUAUCGUAUGAUCACACGCCUCAGCCUCCCCGGUAAGGUCUACUCCAAGGUACUGGAGAGGAGGCUACGUCCGAUGGUCGAAUCUCGGAUUCAGGAGGAGCAGUGUGGUUUUCGUCCCGGUCGCGGAACACUGGACCAGCUCUAUACUCUCCAUCGGAUACUCAAGGGUUCAUGGGAGUUCGCCCAACCUGUCCACAUGUGCUUUGUGGAUUUGGAGAAGGCGUUCGACCGUGUUCCCCGGGGUGUCCUUUGGGGGGUCCUCCGGGAGCGCAGCCAGGGGCCGGAGGGGGUCCGGUUCGGGAACCACAGGAUUUCAUCUCUACUUUUUGCGGAUGAUGUCGUCCUGCUGGAUCCAACGAACCAGGACCUGCAGCAUGCACUGGGACGGUUUGCAGCCGAGUGCAAAGCGGCUGGGAUGAGAAUCAGCACCUCCAAAUCCGAGGCCAUGGUGCUCGACCGGAAAAAGGUGCCUUGCCCUCUUCAGGUGGGUGGAGAGGUCCUUCCUCAAGUGGAGGAGUUCAAGUAUCUCGGGGUCUUGUUCACGAGUGAGGGGAGGAUGGAGCGUGAGAUUGACAGGCGGAUCGGUGCAGCGUGCGCAGUGAUGCGGUCGCUGUAUCGGACCGUUGUGGUGAAGAGGGAGCUGAGCCGAAAGGCGAAGCUCUCGAUUUACCGGUCAAUCUUCGUUCCCUCCCUCACCUAUGGUCAUGAGCUGUGGGUAAUGACCGAAAGAACGAGAUCGCGGAUACAAGCGGUCGAAAUGAGCUUCCUCCGCAGAGUGGCUGGGCGCUCCCUUAGAGAUAGGGAUGCCUCCUGGACGCCUUCCUGGGGAGGUGUUCCGGGCACGUCCCACCGGGAGGAGGCCCCGGGGAAGACCCAGGACACGCUGGAGAGACUAUGUCUCUCAGCUGGCCUGGGAACGCCUUGGGGUCCCCCCGGACGAGCUGGAGGAAGUGUGUGUGGAUAG